CGGAAGUUGUUAUGUUGCUAUGUCGAGUAAAAUAUUUCUAGUGAAUAUUAUGUGAUAUUUAUGGAAUUUUGACUAAUUAGUAUUCUUUAAUCGCGUGAUAUAUAAAGGUUAGAGAGAAAAUGGAGGCUGACGAGACGUUAAAACAGCAGUUUAAACUCUUACAAGAUCAACAACAAUUGAAAUUACUCCGGCGAAAACAAAUGAAGGAAGAAAAGGAAAACUCUUCAAAUAAUUCUACUAAGAAUAAAUCUUUUGGUAUUGAUGACAAUUUAGAUUUAAAGAUUGAGAAAAACAAUAGUUGUAAUUACAUAUCAGAGGAAUUGGUUGAACAUCUUAAUAACCAAAUACGAGAAUUACGUGAUGAAAAUGGUCGAUGUUAUAAAUUGUUAAGUGAAAGAGAAUUUGAAAUAAAACAAUUGAAGAAGAAGAAGAUUGAGGAGAAAUCAGCGUUAUCUGGCGUAGAGAUAACAAAUGAAACUGCAGCUACAAAGAUUGUUGAAUUAUCCAAAAAAGUUCGAGAAUUGACAUCGGAACUUGAAUCUGAAAAAACUAAAAACAAACAAAUUGGUAAAAGAUGUCAUGAUUUACAGACACAGAUUUCAGCGAUUCCAGAAGAUGCCAGGAAUACAUUUGGUUCAGCGAGUACAUUUCGAUCUAUUUAUACAGAUAAUGAUCGGGAACAAGCUGAGUUAGACGUAAAAGCGUUACAAGAUAAGUUAAAACAAACGGAAUCAAAAGUUGCUGAAUUCAGAAACCAGUCGUCACAGUUAAAACAAGAACUGAAGAUAGCGCACAAGGUUUUAAAUCAAGAAGUUGGAGAGAAUGUAAAUAUACAGAGUUUAUUGUCUGGUAAUACAAACUGGCGAGGUCGAGCUCAACAAAUUCUUUUACUACAGAAAAAGGUAGAAGAGUUAAAGCAGCAGGUGUCACCUUCUAAAUCUCGAGAUGAAGAUGACCUUGAGAAUGAACUGAUGGGAAGAACAACGUCGUCCACACGUCGUCGUAACCAAGAUGAUAAAUAUCGUGAAGAAUUGAGGAAAUAUGAUAAAGAAAAGAAAGAGGCCCAAGAGAAACUGGUGAAUGAAUUCAAAGCUCUAGAAAAUGACCACACUGCUUUAAAAUCAAAAAUGGAAGCUGCUAAGGCAAGAAAUAAAGUUUUAGCCACGGAAAUGAAGUCUAUAAAACAACAAAUGGCAACUUUAUUAGAAAAGGGUAAAAAUGAUGAUGAAUUAAUUCAAGCUUUAAUGAGACAACAGACUCAGUUGAAGGAAAUGUUAGACACGUCCAACAUACAUCAGAAACAGAAUAAUCUCAAUCAACAAGAUAUGUUGAAUGAACUGUCAAUCAAAUCUCAACAAGAUCAUAAUAUUGUAGAACAACUUAAAUCUAUCGUCGCAGAAAAAGAAUUUAAAGUCCAUAGAUUAGAGGAAGAAAUAAAUUCUUUAAAACUACAGCAUCUACAGAAGAUACAAGAUGAGGGUAGAUCAAACAUUUCAAAUAUGUCGCGACAAUUCACGACCACUAAUCACGACAGUCUAGUCUUACAAUCAGUCACGCCACCUGGUACUGGAUCAAGACGUGACGAACGUCCUCCAACUGUAGCUGGUCGAGCUGAAAGUGCCAGAUCGUUACCAUCGCGAUCAUCAGUCCGACCACCGUCUGCGAGCCAUGUUUCAUCGAAUCAAGAGAUAGGAGCGUUACAGUAUCAGUGCCAGGAAUAUAAAAUAUUGAUGCAAACGGCAGACGUGGAGAAAGAAAAACUAGCAGAACUAGUCAAAAUAUUACAAAAACGAAUUGAAGAAGUUGUAUUAAAACAUAAUGAAAGUCAAACUGAGUUAAUAAAUCAACGUAGAAAUAACGCCCUGUUAGAAAAACAACUUGCUAAAUACAAGGUUGAUCAGAAUAAAUUUACUAAAGGCAAUACAAGUGCCCGUAAAAAAGGUCUAUCAUCAGGUAGAAUAGGAGGGGAUCCUAUUUAUAAAUCUCUAGAUGAUGAAACAGACGUUCAAACUUUAGAAGAAAUUCAAACAUGUCUGGAGAUUCAGAAAGAUGAAAAUGAAGCCCUAAAGUCCGCGUUACACAGUACGUUACAAGCCAAAGAAGAAGAUCUGAGAAUUUAUUCCAAUACCAUCGACGAAACUAAAAAAGUUUUACUCCAGGCUUUAAGACAAUAUAAACAGAAUAUGGUUCAAGAUGGAACAUUGUCGUAGAUCGCAUUGUUUGUCGUUUAUUUACAAAAUAGGAUACCAAAUAGAACAUCAAUCCGAUUACAAUACAGAUCUAUAUUUCGUUUCUUUUUUUUUAUAUAUCGAUGGCCUUCACUACAUAAAGAUCUGACCGGUUGUAGUAAAAGGUCGCAGCAGAGGUCGUACGAACGUUUUUUUAACCUAUGACAUCAGAUAAUUGAUUAAUCAAUCAGCUUUGACGUUUCUAGUGGCUGAGCCACAGUUCCGUGCAUCAAACGCCAAGAAGUCGCCGUAACAAAUGGUUUAAUUUGCUAAUCCCUCACACCAUCCAGAAUGCAGGUUAUAUAACAACUCUUCCAGGUUCUAGUGUAGUAAAGACAAAUAAAAGGAAAUUUUGAACUAUAAAAAAACGAAACGAAAUAGAAUCUGUGUUUUAAUCAGAUUGAUGGAAUAUAGUCAGAUUGUCUUGUUUCUUUUACAUAAUAUGAUUCAACAUGGAAUAUACAAUCAUGGAUAGCCUUACUGUUCGUGAUAGGAUUCAUCACGCCGUAGUUUUCUGUCUAUACAAGAUGCCGUACAUGAAACACCAGACAUGACAACAGCUUUAAUGUGUCAAGUUUUGACAAUCAAACCUGAGGAAAACUGAAUGUAAUAUCACCUUUAACUUCCCAUGUUUUUUUUUUUUUUAUAAUAAAUGGUCAAACUGAAACCUGAGGAGAACUGGAUGUGAUGUCAACUUUAAAUCAAGAAUUGCAUUUUUUUAAGUCAUAUGUUAAAAUAAAUCCUUAAAAUACAUGACAUCUAUACACACAGUCUCGUUCCUUGUUAAAAAAUAAUCCUAAAUCAUAUACUUCACUUGUGUCAGUUGCGAAAUUGACAAAUAUAUCAUUUUCUUUUUAAAUCCAACAUUGAUUUUUACGGUGUUAUUAUUACGUGUGCAGGUUUGAAAGUCUCACUCAACCAGGCAUCAUUAUCCUUAUCUGUUUAACCACGGACCUUGACAAUUGAGCCAACCCUCUCUUUUAUUGUGUAGACUUCGUUAUCCAGUGAAAAGAAAUGAUACAAAUUCUAGAUACUGUCGGCAAGUAGUACUUUUUUCCAAUUUUUACAUGAAUGUUUUUUUAAGUGCUAGACUAAUUCCUAUGAUUAUAUAAAAGUGAUUUAACAACCUAAUUAAGUAAUAGAUAUAUAAAAAACUAUUCAAUUAUUGCUUUAUUUUGUCUAGCUUAUAUUUUUAUAAAUGGAAUGUCUGAUUUUAAUAGCAACCAUUAAUUAUGUGUUCAGUUAUUAAUCAUCAUAUGUUAGUACUUUCAUUUUAUACAUACUGCUAACACUGUUUUAUAUAUUUACAGUAAAUAAUCCAAGAUAAAUAUCAUUAGAAUUUUAAGAUUUUUUUCCGCCAGUUCUCAACAAAAAAAUCGUCAGUACCACAAAAAAUUAUCGCCAAAAUCAAAUUUGGAUUGCCACUUUCAUAUUGUUAUCACAGAUUGUGACUUUGGCGACUGACAUUGUGAGCCCUGGUAGAUGUAACCCGGUUGAUACUGAUGUAUGCAUACUGCUAACACUAUUUUAUAUACAGUCGAUAUAACCUGGUUGAUGCUGAUGUGCCAUUGUAUACAUACUGCUAACACUAUUUUAUAUACAGUCGAUAUAGCCCGAUUGAUGCUGAGGUGCCAUUAAAUCACAUAUCAUUCAUUCAUUAUACAGUAGUACUGUUCUCUAAUGUCCACCCUAAUCUUACCAUUUCCAAGUAAAUGGGGGUUUUCUUUGGUUUAUUUUUUUUUUAAAACAGGGAUGGUAAGUCGUGCUACAUUAUAUAUACUAUUCAAAAAAAGUAGGGGAUAUUUGAUUUUUAAGUGUUAUUAAAGUCAC